AUGGAACGGAUAGCCUCCGGCCACAGAAUGUCGAUGCUGUUGUUAGGGGUCGGGCUACUCUGUUUGUAUGGCUCCCUUCUGGUGAAUGGGUUUGCCUUUGAUCUGCCAGCCAAUCAAAAACGGUGCUUCUCCGAGGAGGUUCCAAGUGGCACGGAGCUCCGCAUCUCCUACGCGGCUUUGCCAGGGUACGCUCAGUUUGUGGAUGCGUACGUCGUGGGGCCUGCGGGGAAGAUGUACAUGACAACCGUCGGCCAGGAUCGCGGAAGCAUGGUGGAGUACAUCACAAAGGGUGGCGAGUUCACUCUUUGCUUGCUCUCUCGCGUAGCCACCGGCGUCAAGCAGUCGGAGGGAAUGGCAAGGAGUGUGAGUGUCGACUUUCGACUCGGAAGCGGAAAGAACGAUUACGCAAAUCUCACCGGCAAGGAGAAGCUACGGCCCAUAGAAGUGGAGUUGCGGGUGUUAGAAGAUGCAGUGCGCUCCCUCCACACAGAGUGCCUGUACUAUCGGGAAAAAGAAGCAGAGAUGCGCAAUGCAAAUGAGUCUGUGAUUGCGAAGGUGGCCUUCUGUGCCGCGGCUAUCAUUACUUUCUUCAUCAUCUUUUCCUUGUGGGAAAUGUGGCACCUUAAGCGAUACUUCCGAAAGAAGCGACUUAUUGACUAA